AUUGCGAUAACUGCUUAGCUUGCACUUUUUUCAAUUUGACAUUUGACUUGCUUUGUGGCGUGUACUGGUUUUUCCGUGCAGCUAUGAAUGCGGCUUCUAAUUCUGGCUUGAUGAAGCCAAUUGGUGGCAUGGGUCGAGCAAACUUAUAUAGAGCUUUUGGAGCAUCUAUCAGGCUUGACCAGUAUAACACACAGCCACUAUUAGAAAACGCUACAUUGUCAGCGGAAAUAAAUGAGAACGGAAAUCUAAGUGGAAAUGAGCAAGUCACAAAUUAUAUUUGCGACGAUGUGGAAUAUACUUAUGUGACGCCAUCAUCUGAAGAUGCGGGUCUUGAUUUCUUGGCCACAUGCCUCAGAACUAAAGAUUUUAAUACUGUACGCAUUGUGGUUGUCUGUGAACUAGAAAAUCAGGCAGCAAAGGUAUUGAAAGAAUUGGGCAAACGCAGCAUUGGCUGCCUCUUGGUAAAUGUGGCUUCCAAGGCAAUUGAUUCAGGUAUCCUGUUAUGGAACGACGGUCUCCUCAACUCCGUCUUGGUUGUAUGCGAUGCAAUGUUAAAACAUUUGUCGAAGAUCGGCAAUAUAAAAGUUAACUUCCUGGUGCACUACACCCAGACAUUGCCGCAUAUUUUUCAAAAACGUUUGCAACUGCUGAUUCCCCAGCCUGCUGAAGGGACGAAGGUGCUAGUAAUAAAACGUAAAAUCGAAAAUCUGGUACAGCAAAAAACUGGUGAGCAAAAGAAUGAGACCUUAGACGCCCAAAAACAAACAAUUCCGACUGCAGGAACUGCACAGAACAUACAAAAUUCAUCAGAAAAUAUUUCAUCAAUGUCAAUCACUUUAAAUACGUCAUCCGAGUUAGAUGAAAUGCUACCAAUGGGUCCUAUACCAAACAGUGAGAUUCAAAAGGUCGAUGUGCCGACCGAGUUAGAUGAAACACAUUCUACAGAUCCUAAAAUACUACCAUUGGCUCCAAUACCAAGCAGUGAGAUUCAAAAGGUCGAUGCGCCGACCGAGUUAGAUGAAACACAUUCUACAGAUCCUAAAAUGGUUCCAAUACCAAACAGUGAGAUUCAAGAGGUCGAUGCGCCGGCCGAGUUAGAUGAAACACAUUCAAUUGCAAAGAAUAAGAUUGAAGAGGUCAAUGCGUUGUCUGUUUCAGGUGCCAAAGAUAGUGACGGUGUUAAUGUAAAAAAAGCCUCAAACAAUCAGCAGAGCUCCAAAGCCCAAAACCGUCCUUACUCUUACACCACCUUUGGCAUAUUUACUUGGAGUCGCACUGAACAGAUUUCUUGUUACAGCGCGAAUGAUGUGCCUGAAUUUAGUCCAUAUAUGAAGGAAGCCCUGCGUCGCCAGAAUAUUGGACAGAUGCGAGCAAAGCGCGUACAGCGAUUUGCUUGGCGACAUGCAGCUUCUGGUGGCUCCAUGUGCAUAAUUGGGAAUGAGAGAAUUGGUAAAACCUGGAGCUAUUUGCCCACGCUGUGUCAGCACAUCAUACUGAAGACACCGCCGCGUAUACUGGAUAACACCGAUCGCGGCCCCAGCUGCAUAAUAGUUUGCGUGAAUGAGAAUGAGGGGGAUGAAAUCGCUCAGUUGUGUAUGGGAUUGCUAGGCCCGACGCGCUUGGAUUUCGUGCAAGUUGUUAAAGCACUCAGCCGUAACUGUAUUGAAGAGGUUGCCGAAACUAUGAGAAAACCUUGCGGCAUCUUGAUAGCCACUGUUGACAAUCUAGUGAAGUUGUAUAUGCUCAAUGGCAAAACAAAGUCCAUCUUCAACCCGGCUGCCUUAAAGUGUGUUGCCUUCGAUGGCAUCGAUAGCAUCUGGCGUGGAGGCAGAACUCAUUGCCAGAAGAUAAUAUACUGGAUCUUAACCGUGCUGCGCUUUGAGAAGGGCCACAGCCAGUUGUUCGUCGUUGGACGUUUGUGGAUUGAUUCGUUUAUGAAGCCACUGAUGAGGGAAUUGCCCGAUAUUCUGCUCGUGUUCGAGGACGCAUUGGAAGCGGCUAUGUUUGCUGGAAUCAACUUUGACUUUAUCGUAUCAAAAAAUUAUAAUGGUGAGAUACAGAAAAUUCUCGCCGAAAAGCAGAUGAUGAAGAAGCGCGUAGUGCUGGCCUGCAGCGGAAAUAUAGAUGUAUCUGCACUGAGCAAGCUACUUAACACCAAGAGCAUCGACAACUUGGUUAUUGAGCAAUUCGAUCAGAAAACAAACCAGCUCUAUAAGGAUUGGUGCAAGAGUCAUAUGAGCCGUGUGCUAGUUGUCGCUGAGGAUGCGAUUGAUAAAUUGCGUGGCGGACGUAUUGACUUUUUGGUUCACUACGGCUACAGUAACUGGCCAUUCUUUAAGGCUCAGUUCAGCAUAUUCUAUAACAACUAUCUAUGUGGUAUAGAAAAAUUCCACGGCAUAUCGGUUGUAGUCAUGCGUCCCAGCGAAUUUGAACAAGCUUGGUUAUUUUGCGAUUUUAUGCUCAAGCAUAGUCGCCAUCCACCCGAAAGUUUUCUGACGAUACUAAACGAAUGCCGAAUAUAUUCCGAUACCUCUGAGUCGCGUUCAGACUUUCCGCUGUGCCGCAUGCUCAAGUCCUAUGGAAAUUGUAUACGCCACUUGUGCUUCUUUCGGCACUUUCUGUGGGACCACGAAACGAAGCCGUUGGACGAUGCUCCUACCAAGGGCACAAUCAAAUUCUACGUCAUUUCAAGCGUGAAUCCGGCCCAGACCGCUGUGAGGCUAAUUGAGAAAGCUACCGCCAGAUACUACAUGAACACUCCCUUGUCAUAUUUUGGCGAUAAGCUUCGAUUGCACUAUGAAUCCAUGUUGAGCCAUCCGAGGUGCACAAAGCCCCUGAUUAACGAUGUAUACGUGCUGAAGAUUCACAAUCUCUACCAACGCGUGGGCAUAACUCGAAUCGAAUCUGCAGAUCGCAUCGAGGUCAAGCAGCUGGAUUCUGGCGUUGAAUUUUAUAUAGUUAAGCAAAAUGAACUGCUGAUCUGCUAUGAAAAGUUUAAGGACGAGCCCUGUGAAGCGUACGACCUACGCAUCACUGGUCUAGCUCCCUUUAACAUGGAGCGCAUUUGGCCAGACGACGCCAAGAAGUUGGUGCGUCAUAAAUUUUUCAAUCUUCCGGCCAAGCCUAAUUGCGUCUUUACAGCCGAUAUUAAUUUUGGCUUUCUUGAUCUAUUUUUCGUGGAAAACAUCUACGACUCGAGCGGCAAUGACCUGAACAGUUUUGUACUUAAGCACAUCCCAAUGUACACGGACAGCGGAGUGCAUAUGCGUAUACAGAAAUGUAUUUCUGAAGCCCAACCGUCCAUAUAAGGGGGUAUAAACAGCUAAGCCUGAGACCCCUUUUUCUAAUACCAUUAAUACUCAUUCUUAUUAAUAUCCACACUCAUUUCAAUACACACAAAUGUAUGUGUGCAUGUAUAUCCAAAGGAAUUGGAUUUUUUUUGUAUUACAGAUCGUAUUACAUUUUUUAAUUCUUUCAAAGAAAACCACAAUCAAAACAACACAUUCAAAGUCAUUCAAUUUUUCUUACAGAUCAUAUUACAUUUUUUGUAUGACAUAAGCAGUUUGUAAUCAAAAAAUUAUAUGCAAAUAAAGCAAUUAUGAAGUUUCUCCUAGAAAGCUACCAAAGCGUAGCUUUAA